AUGACAAAAUAUUUUAAUGAUAACGUAGAAUUAUCAAAGAGAAAGUAUAUUGAGCCAAGUCCAAUAGAUGAAAAAAUUAUAAAUUUUGAUGAAAUCAUUGACGUUCGUCUGAGAGCUACGGUAUUUCUUUUUAAUGUUCCUGCUUUUUUAAGACAUACGAUUUUAAAAAAAAAGAACGAUGAAAUGCAUGAGAAUAGAAAUGAGACCCAAAAAAUCAUAAUGAAGAUUAUUGAUCAUCGUCGAAAAGAAAUUGAAGAUCACAAGGAAUUAGGAAGUGACAUGUUGACAUUAUUAAUCAAAGCAAAUACUGAACAGGUUAUUGAUGAAAAUUCUAAACCUUUAACCAAUGAUCAAAUUUUUCAAAUCUUAAUUGAAGCUAUUAGUGGAGGAAUUGAAACAACCGCAAAUUUAUUAUGUUUCGUCAUAUAUCAUAUGGCUCAUCAUCCUAAUGUAUUAGUUCGCUUGAGAGAAGAACUUGAUACCAUUUUUGAUUCUGAUAAUAAUCGUCAAAUGACGAUGGAAGAUCUUUCAAAAAUGCGUUAUACAGAAGCUAUAAUCAAAGAAUGCACUCGUCUUAUAACUCCCGCAAAAUUUGUUCAACACACAAAGCAGCAAAAAGUAGAUUUAUCUGCGUCAUUAUAUCUCGCAGGUCGUCGACUUCAUUCUCUCCUGUACGCUCGUAUUGAUACUCAUAAAGACAAUCAUGUUAAACGGCUUUCUUAA